UCCAAAACCUCUAACAGUUACAGGAAUAAGGAAAGUGAUGGGACUUUUCAACUAUUGUCGUCAGUAUAUUCCUGAUUUUGCCAGCAUCACCAGCCCCCUCAUUGACUUGUACAAGGGAGGAAAGCCUGGAAUGGAACAGAUAAACUGGACACCGGAAGCUGAGGAAGCAUUUACUUCAAUGAAAGAAAAACUGACUUCAGCCCCAGCCUUGGGACUUCCUGAUGGACGAUUGCCGUUUCAUUUGUGGACCAGGGUGGGAGAUGAGACGUACUCAGCAGUACUGUGUCAAAAACCAGGUGAUCGAUACAGACCUGUUGGAUACUUUUCCACAAAGAUUCCUGUUACAAUGAUUGGUCAACCACGAUGUAUACAAGCUCUCGAUGGUGCCACAUGGGCAGUGGAUGCUGUGGAAAAUUUGAUAGGAGCACAAACAAUCAUAUUGCAUACUCCACACAGUAUAGUGACGUUGCUGAACAACACAAACAUCAAGACCAUUACUGAUGCAAGGAGAGCAAAAUGGGAAGCAACUUUGUUGAACAAGGAUUUGAGAGUGGAAAUCAUCAGAGACACAUCCCUUAACCCUGCAACGAUGAUGAUCGAACCACACGAGGGAACACCACAUGAGUGUGAAAAACAAGUAGAAGAAGAAAGUCUUGGUCCUGUUAGUCCAACACCUCUUGAAAAUCCAGACAAGGAGUUAUGGGUCGAUGGAUCCAGUUACUAUGUUGAUGGAAAACGACAUACUGGAUGGGCUGUAGUGGAAGCUGAUGGAAAUGUCGUGAAGAAAGGAGCUCUUUCUGGGCAUUUUUCAGCACAAGUAGCUGAGCUCAUAGCACUUGCAGAAGCUUUCGAAUUAUCGGAAGGACAACGAGUCAACAUCUACACAGAUAGUCGUUAUGCUUUUGGAGUGGUCCAUGACUACCUUGCCCUGUGGAAAAAACGUGGACUUAUCACCAGCAAUGGGAGCGAAAUACAACAUGCUUCCAUAAUUCGUCGUUUGAUUGCAGCAUGUCACCUACCCAGAGAAGCAGCCGUGAUCAAAGUAAAAUCACAUCAAUCUGACAAGUCCAAAGAAAGUCAAGGAAACACGGCAGCAGAUGCAGUGGCCAGAGAAGCAGCACUACUUCCUCUUACUCCUGUUACCUUGGUACAGGAAAACAGCGAAGAUAAUCCUGAGCUCCGCCUUCUGUCAUAUCAAACUGAGACAGAUGAAGAGAAAGAACAAUGGAUAAAAGCGGGAGCGAAAGAGGAUGAUCAAGGUAUCUGGAGAAUUCCAACAGGACAAGUGGUGAUGCCUAUCGGAACAAGAAGGGAGCUAAUGCAGCUGUAUCAUGGAAAAGUACAUGCUGGAGCAAAAGCAAUGAAAGCUCAAAUCAGCGAGACGUGGUGGUGGCCACGAAUGAUGAGAGACAUUGAUGAUUACUGUAGAAGAUGCUUGAUAAGAGCAAUGGUUCUGCCUCCUGAUGCUCCGCCGCCUGCGGGAACAGGAGGAGACUCUACUUUGUUCCAAGAGAAGCUACGACGCUAUCUUGCAAUGCUGGACAAAGCAAUCAAAGACAAUAAUAAGAAAGUGCGAGAAGCUCAACAGCAAUGGGAUGAAAAACAUACCACUACUGACAUUCCACACAUUCCUGAGUUAGGCAGUUUUGUUAUGGUCAAACGUAUUCCCAGGAAAGGUUUAGAACCUAGGUGGGAGGGGCCAUAUGAGGUACUCUUAACAACAGAUACAAGUGUCUGCCUAAAAGGGAAGGGUGUAGGAACAGAUAGAUGGUAUCAUUGGUCACAAGUUAAACCUUGCUUAGUGAAUGAACAAAAUGAUGAAGGCUUAGGACCUGAGAUUGAGCACUGUUCACUCAUUAACUUUGGGAAAAAGGAGUGAUGAUUAAUUAUUUUUCUGCUUCCAUUUCAGGAAUCAAUUCCAUUGACAUUGAUUAGAGAUGGUCGCAAGUUAUUCUCGAUACACAACGACAAUGGUAUGCUUGUUUUUAAUUUUACUUGGCAUUUACCAAGGAAGCCAAGCUUUAUGGACUCCUCGAGUUCAAGAAAUUACUCGGAAUGCAACCCUGAAAUCUGGCCAACGUUUUACUCUACCCUUUAUUUCCAGAUGGGGAUUAUGGGAUUGGGUGCCACGUAAUGAUAAAGACCUUGCUAAAUAUCGAGUGGGCAUCUACGGUGGAUGUAACUUUCACCACCAAUGUUACAAAAGCAGAGUAAUUUGGCCGGUGAAAGAUGGGGGGUAUACCGGUAGUGCUCAAAGACGAGAAAUUUGUUCAAAAGAACAAUGUGAAAUUGUGGGGUUAAACCUCAUAACAUCUACUGAUGUGGAAAUUAAUUUCAUUUUGAAUCGUACCCACAUGCUUACAAUAUGGGAUUCAUUAGCCCUAGGCUGUAUCUAUCCCAUAGUGUUACCAUGCGAGGGGUUUCUAUGGGAUGCUACCUCCAGGACAACUAGAUUCAAGGGAAAUUACAUACGAGUUUGGCAUUCGGAAGAUGCGAAUGAAUAUUGUGAGACUGAAUUAGAAACUGGGGAAAUUGGACGGUGUUUUUAUCUUUCUGCGGGAAAGACAAACAAAGCUAAAACAUGCCCAAGUACAACUAUUGCACCAGCUCAUGGUAUAUUGUUAGCAAAGGAAACCAAAACCUUGAUAAACGAAGCUCAUAUGGUGCGACAACGCAUUAAUUAUAACUUGAUGUCUCUUCUUACUGUUUAUGAUCAGUCCUAUUGUGGAAAUUUCACAAAAAUUAGGAGCUGGUUGGAAAAAGAAAUUAAAUAUUAUACCUCUAAGGAUCCUCUUGGAAGUCGAAAUCGCAAACCUCGAAGUAUAUGGGGAGACAUAGCGGGGGUAUUUGGCUCUGUCAAUUCAAUUAGUAAUACUGCUCAGCUGAACCAAUUAAGUGAGUACUCUCAGUGGGUGGGAACAAUGACCGGCAAAGGACUUACUGAGACUCUUCAAGGUUCUCUACAUAUUAUAGCAGCGGGUCAGCAUCUUAAUGACGCAGCGAGGGAAUUGGCAGAUGCAUUAGUGAAAUCGUCUAAUUUUGAGACACAUCGUGCAGCGUGUUUAUUUUUGGCUCAGAAUUUGAAGGAUCAAAUGGUAGAGGAUAUUCAGGUUAUUCGAAUGGGGCAAGUUCCUGAGCGAAUAGCGGAAUCUUUGUUAUUGGUUUUUGGAAAACAACUUAAUUUGACUUCUGCUAAACAUGCUCCAUUAGUUAAAAUCGCAAUCAAUGAAGAUUCGUUGUCAGGUUCUGGAACAUUACCUUUGAUUAUGGUCUGGCCUCAAUAUGGGAAACGCAAUAUUAUGACAGUUAGACGAUUCCAAUCAAUGGGGGUUAGACAAGGAAAUUCAGUAAUUAGAUUGGGAAGGAAUGGAUAUUGGGCUGAAGGUGAAACACCAAUGAUUUCUACUACAGACUGUUGUAUUGAGGAACAUGAGUGGGUAAUUUGCUCAUGUUCUACAAUGUUUAGUCUGUCUCUUAAUGGAUCUGCAGUUUGGGAAGUAGUUCCUUUAGAUCAAGCCACAGGUGCAUGGCAGGUGUCAGAAGCACAGUGGUGUAUAUUACAU